AUGCGUUUCACUGCUGUCACUGUCGCCUUCUUCGCCGGUCUGGCCAUUGCUGCCCCCGGUGCUGACAAGACCGUCUACGAGACCGAUGAGGUGACCAUCACCUCUUGCGCUCCCACCGUCACCGACUGCCCCGGCAACGGUGCCGGUGUUGAGCCCACUGCCAGCACCACUCCCACCAGCGCCCCCGUCGCUAUCACCACCUCUGCUGGUCAGGCCUCCGAGACCCCCGUCCAGUCUUCCGAGACCCCUGUCUGGUCCUCCACUGCCCCUGCUCCCCCUGCUGAGACCGCCCCUGUCUCCUCUACCGUGGUUGCUAUCACCACCUGCGUGCCCACCGUGAUCUACUCGACCGUCCCCGUUGCCCCCAGCUCCACCCCCGUCGGUAGCAGCAGCGUCGUCCCCCACGGUCCCACCGGUGGUGUCCCCCACGUGCCCUCCGGCACCAAGGGUGUUCCCACUGGCACCGCCGCUACCACCCCCCGCCACCUCCUCCCCUGCCUUCAACGGUGCUGGUGCUCUCAGCGGUUCCCUCGGCUUCGCCGGUGCUGCCGCCGCUGCCGCCUUCUUCCUGGCAUAAAUGACUUCUUCCGGGUUGAUGAUGCACCUAUGCACCUAGCUGGAUCCCUUGGGGUCUAG